AGCCUCAGUACAGAGGUAGUAAAGCAGGGACAAUCUGUCAGUAGUCGGUUUGAGGCCGCCGGCACAACGACACGUCCCCGCGAACCUUCCACUCCGUCUACAUCGUUGUGUCGUUCGAUAAACUAUCAUCUCAUUAAGUAUCAGGGCAGCAGGAGAGAGGUGCGAGGACUUGAGAGGUCGGGCCUCCUUACACUAAAAUGGUGUCAUCGGGCUGCCUGGGAAUCCUGCGAAGAGCAUGUAUUCCCCAGCGUUACGUGCUGGGUGUCAUGGGUCUCCUGGGGAUGGCCAACGCCUACAUCAUGAGGGCGUGUCUUAGCAUCGCAAUCACUGCGAUGGUUUCCCACCCCAAGACUACUAGCACAUACAUCAAUGAGGAGGAAUGUCCUGUCAGCAAGUCUACCAACACAACUCAUAAUGCUGUUAGGGGGAAUUUUGAUUGGGAUGAGCCAACCCAAGGCAUGAUCCUCUCAGCCUUCUACUAUGGUUACAUCAUCACCCACAUUCCUGGUGGUGUUUUGGCGCAGAAGUUUGGUGGUAAAUACACCUUUGGUCUCGGCAUCUUUUCCACGGCAGUUGUCACUUUGCUGACCCCUGUAGUUGCUGAUUAUCUUGGCUCCACGGGAAUUAUCGUUCUCCGCUUCCUCAUGGGUUUGGGAGAGGGCACAACUUUCCCAGCACUCAGUACCCUGUUAGCUCAGUGGGCCCCACCCUUGGAGAAGAGCAGACUGUCAAGUAUGUGCUUUGCAGGGGUCCAGCUGGGGAUGAUCAUAGCCACAUCGCUGGGAGGUAUCAUCAUCCAGUACGAUGGCUGGGAAAGCGUGUUCUACGUGUUUGGCACUGUUGGACUGGUGUGGUUCAUCAUCUGGUGUCUCAUCUGUUACAGUGACCCUGCCUCCCAUCCUUUCAUCUCUGAAGAAGAGAAGAGCUAUCUGGCCGAGACCAUUGGUGGUGUUGAGCGAGACAAGGAUCUGGCAGGAACGCCUUGGAAGAUUUUGUUCACGUCAUGGCCAGUCUGGGCUCUUAUUAUCGGGGAGACAGGGCAUGACUGGGGACUCUACACUUUGAUCACAGACCUACCUAAAUACAUGAACGAUGUCAUGCAUUUUGACAUCGCUGAGAACGGAUUAGUCUCGGCUAUUCCAUAUCUCACUAUGUGGAUUUGUUCUCUCCUCAUUGGAGGAUUGGCUGAUUGGAUGCUUACUCGUAACAUUAUGACUAUCACUCCAUUGCGGAAACUACUUGCUUCUGUAGGAGCUAUAGGGCCAGGGGCAGGAGCUGUGUUGGCUUCAUACGCAGGUUGUGACAAGCUCCUUGUUACGAUCAUGUUCACCAUUGGGAUGGGGCUGAUGGGUUUCUGCUACGCGUCCUUGCGUGUCAACUCUCUUGACCUCAGUCCGAACUACGCAGGAUCCAUCAUGGCCAUCGUCAACGGCCUCAGCUCCGUCUCAGGAAUGAUCACUCCUUAUCUCAUUGGUGUACUCACACCCAAUAGGUCAUUGCGGGAGUGGCGCGUCGUGUUUUGGAUCAUGUUUGCCGUUCUGUUCUUCUCCAACUGCGUCUUCGUCUGGUUUGGUUCUGGUGAGGUGCAGCCCUGGAAUGACACACGGAAAAGAAAAACAUCCCCCCAGAAUGGAAAAGAACGACAUGGUGCUGACCAUGAGCAAAGUGAUGGUAUUACUGCAUUUGAUGAAAGCAAAACACCUUGAUUUAUUUAAUGUAGCAUUUGAAAUAUUAACAAACUUUUAUUUUAAUUAUGCAAAAACAGUCAUGCUUGUCUUCCAUAAAGAAUCACAAAAAUGGAAUUAAAUCAUAUUUUUUAUGCUUUAGCAUAAAUACAUCUGUCUGUACGUAAUUUUUUGAUGCUGCCUAAUUAGAAUUUUAAAUUCUGAAUUAUACCACCAUUUAUGAUAUUAUAAAAUAAUAUAGAGUCUUAAACCAUUUACAGUAUUUAUUUAGUUAAAUGCAUAUUUAUAUUUUUCUAGAGAAUCUAAAUUUAAUCUUUCUUUCUAAGAACUCAAAGACCUGUAAAUAAAAGUAAUUAGUUGUAGAUGUAGAUAGUAUUGUGUAAAUAGUUGUAAACUAUUUAAAACUAAUAUUGUAUUUAAAGCUAUUGCGGUUUUAUGUGUAUACUUUAUUUUAACAUGUAUUGUCAUAUAGAAUUAUUUGAGCUGUGUUGUAACUAUUUGAGUACGUUAAGUUGUGAAUGGUGUUCCUUUAGAUGUUUUUUCUAGUCGGUAUUGAAUUUAUUCUAUUUACUUUAUAUGGAACCAAGUUUCGUAGGCAAAAUAUAUUUUUCUUCUACAUGUUUGCUUUUACAAUUCUCUUUAGUUUACACACCCAGUAUUGAUGACACAGUUUAUAUGAUAUUGAAUAACAGUUUAAAUGUCUCAGAAUGUGUACAGUGUAAAUAGUAAAUUCUAGAUGUUUUCUGCUGCGCAGAAAUUUGUGUACAAAUAUCAUUUAAAUAAAUAUUUUAUGUAUU